AUGACACAGACACAGCCAUCUCCGGCGCCAAUUCAGGCUCCGGCGCCGCCAGUCCCGACCCGUCCUGUGUUGGAGCCGCGUUGCUCGCCAAUGCCAGUGCCACCGCGGCCACUUGCGCGGCCCAUGCAGCAGGUGUUGCCGACUCCUCCGGUGGUACACGCCUUCUGCCACAUGCCUCGGCAAGCACUGGCACCUCCCUGCCAGCCACAGGUGUCCGUCCAGUCGAAGCAGAGGAGGAUACUUGAUCCAUUUGAAGCCGCCAUACUGAGAGAACAAGCAGAUCAGGAGCAAACGGUGGCUGCAGCACCUGAACCGUCGCCGUACAAGCAGUUCCCUGCUGCUGCGCCUGCGCUUCAAGAAGAUGAUGACGACUUGGUCAAGGACCUGGAGGACGCCAUGUCGACAGCUGAAGCAGAGGAGCAAACGGUGGUUGCUGCGCUUCAAGACGAAGACGAAGACGACAACUGGGACGAUUUGGCCAAGGAAUUGGAAAUUGAAGAAUGA